AUGGGGAGCCCAGAAAAAGAUUUAAAUUUAAGCGAAAGCAAAAGUGACAUUAGUAACGUUUUAGACGAUACGGUUUCUAGUGGUGGGAACAAUGUAGUUGAAAAUUGUGAUACAUCACAAGUAGACACGUUGAACAAUGUUACGCUUAGUGAUGCAAACUCGUCUAAAGAAGAGGAAUCUCUCGUUGCUGGGAAUUCGAAAAAGUUAAAGAAAAAGUCGCGGCACGGCAAGAAAGGCGUUUCGAAAGAAAACCCGGAAAGGAGCGCAGUUCGCAGAAUACAUCACCCUGGCACAAAAUUUAAGCAAACCAAGAAACGAGCACAAACUUUUCCAUCUAUUUCUAAGUUUUUCCUACCAUACAAGAGGCCCCGAAAGGAAGCUUUUAUUCCACCUACAAAAUUCUUGUUAGGAGGUAACAUAUCAGAUCCUUUGAACCUAAAUAGUUUACAAGAUGAAGAUGUAAAUAGAGCUAUGAAUGCGGUAACACCUGAGUCAUCACCGUUGCCAACACCCCCACGGCACAAGGCAAAAAUAGAUGUAAUAAUACCACCUAAUAUAAGAGAUCCUUUAAAUCUAAUGGAACCAUUGGACAAUGAGGAGUAUGAGAAGAGACUGGAAAUGCAACAGCGCAAGAAGACACCCAGAAAGAAGCAAAGGGUUAGACGUAGGACUACAGAGACUAUUGCACCAGCUCCUGAGGCAGCUGUUGAAGUAGAAGAGCAACAAAUCAAAGAGCCACCACCACCCGAGCCAUCUACUUCCAAAUCACGUAAACGCUCAUGUAGUGAUAGUGACAAUAAUCCACAGAAAGCAAAAGAUGCUAAAAAAUUGAGACGUAUGGAGUCAUUGGAUAAAAUAGUUAGUCCUGUUGUACCGCAGCCUGGGGCAUGGAUGAGGGCGAGACCACAACAAAGAGCAGGACCGCAGGAGAGGCCAGCUUCCCCCCACAGGACUAAAUUAAAGAGCCUCUCGGAAGGAGAACAGAAAUUACCAACUUUCCACGCUAAAAAUUCUCGCUAUCAGUAUGGAAAUUAUGAUAGAUAUUAUGGAUAUCGUAAUCUCAAUGCAAUGAUGGAUAUCCGUCUUCAAGUAUUUGAAAUGCAUCGGCAUUUGUUCCAAAAUAAAGAUGUUCUGGACAUAGGAUGUAAUGUUGGACAUAUUUCAAUAGCUGUUGCAAGGACUCUCGGUGCAAAGUCUGUUGUUGGCAUAGAUAUAGAUCCUGUUUUGAUUGGACGGGCGCGAAAAAAUCUAAAUUCCUUUAUACCUGUCCCUUUGCCACUGACCAAAGGUGAUGAUGAGAAAAAGUCUGAAGAUCAGUCGGAGGAUAAGAAAUCUGAAUGCGACAAAUGUAAGGAAGAGAAAUGUGAUGACUGUACAUCUGAAAAUAAACUGGAAAAGGAGGACGACAAGAAGGUACUAUCUGGAAGGAAAAUUAAGAAGCCAAGGAAAAAUAGGAAGGCAAUAAAUAAGGCAGAGGGCCAGUGUUUCUUUCCUAUGUCUAUGUCGCUGAUGUACGGACCUGUGGGUGAAGCUGCAGCCGAUACCACACCAGCAGUGUUUCCUUAUAAUGUUACUUUCAAGCAGGGAAAUUAUGUGCCCCGAGAGGAAGUUGCUGUCGGUUCAGGGAUGGAGUCGCCUCAAUUUGACCUAAUCCUGUGCCUAUCUACAACAAAAUGGUUGCACUUGAAUUGGGGUGAUGCGGGGAUUAAACGAGCGUUCAAAAGGAUGUUUAAUGAUUUACGUCCUGGUGGGAAAUUGGUACUAGAAGCGCAAAAUUGGGCCAGUUAUAAGAAGAGGAAGCGGCUAACGCCAACAAUAUACGAAAACUUCAACUCAAUAGAGCUGUUCCCAAAUAAGUUUCGAGAGUAUUUGCUGUCACCCGAGGUCGGGUUCAGCAAGUGCUGCAUACUAGGAGUGCCGCAGCACGCCAGCAAGGGUUUCACGCGUCCUAUCCAGUUGUAUGUGAAAGGGGACUUUACACCCAGCAAGGCGCGAUGGUCAGACGCGUACGCGCCUUCAUCCCACCACAAACCGGAAGCGGAACCUCCGCGGAGGACGGUCUACGCCCCAGUGGCGCCCGCCUACCGUCCGAGCGAUGACGCCCCAUCCUGCGGCGCGGUGACGCCGUACUCUCCAAACUUGGAUUGCAGCGCUGAUGAUUCUCCGUUCUACAACCCUCGCAGUGAUUCAUAUGCGCCGUCGUACCAGCCUCCACGUCCGACGGUGUACGCCACGAUACCCUCGCCUCUGGGAAGUGCAUCUCCAGCUGCCUCCCCAGCCGCGUCUCCCGCCCCGCAUGCGUCCCCCGCGCCGGACCCUAUAUCCGCGAGGGGCUACCCCGCGCCUGAACGCCUCCACGACGACUGA